UCCGUAGUUGCUGUGAUUCCAUUGGGAAUCCUCCCAACAGCGGAAGGAUGGCCGUUUCACAGGUAUAAAACUUUAAUUGAUUUGUUGUAUAGCUAGAACCUUCUCAAUCUCAUUUUUAUCUCUUGCGAUAUGUGCUUUCUGGAAAUGGAUUUUUGCUGUGCUAACUAAAAGAUAUUCAACCUCUCUCUCCCAUCCUCUCAGGCUGAAUUGUCUGCCUGAACUCUAUUUGUGAUGGCCAGUAGAGUUAUGAGAUUCUGCAGUAGCGGCUGAUGGGGUCGGUGGGUCAGCAGCCCUCACCUGGCCUCCUGACAGCGGAGUUGCUACAGCUUACCAGGAGGAAGAUGAGGAGGGGCAAUCUGGCAGGAAGGCCAGGGUAGCCCAAAUGCCCAAAUGCCCAAAUGCCCAAAUGCCCCAACAGGCACACCCGUCUGGGUCCACUGGUGCGUUUGCACCAUGCCAAGGUCCCCACCAUCUUGCCUCUCCCUGUCUUCAUUCUGGUAUGCAGCAGUGGCUCAGCUGUUGAGAGGUCAGGUUAGCUAGCAACGGAAUAAUAUUCAUAAUAAUAAUGAAGUGAUAAAACACCAGACAUUAAAAACUUUCCUAAACAGGGCUGCCUUCAGAUGUCUUCUAAAAGUCAGAUAGUUGUUUAUUUCCUUGACAACUGAUGGGAGGGCGUUCCACAAGGCGGGCACCACUACCAAGAAGGCCCUCUGCCUGGUUCCCUGUAACCUCACUUCCCACAAUGAGGGAACCGCCAGAAGGCCCUCGGCGCUGGACCUCAGUGUACCGGCUGAAUGAUGGGGGUGGAGACGCUCCUUCAGAUAUACAGGACCGAGGCCGUUUAGGGCUUUAAAGGUCAGCACCAACCCUUCGAAUUGUGCUCAGGAACGUACUGGGAGCCAGUGUAGGUCUUUCAGGGUUGGUGUUAUAUGGUCUCAGCAGCCGCUCCCAGUCACCAGUCUAGCUGCCCCAUUCUGGAUUAAUUGUAGUUUCCAAGUUACCUUCAAAGGUAGCCCCAUGUAGAGCGCAUUGCAGUAGUCCAAGCGGGAGAUAACUAGAGCAUGCACUACUCUUGCGAGACAGUUCGCGGGCAGGUAGGGUCUCAGCCUGUGUACCAGGUGGAGCUGGUAGACAGCUGCCCUGGACACAGAACUGACCUGCACCUCCAUGGACAGCUGUGAGUCCAAAAUGACUUCCAGGCUGCACACCUGGUCCUUCAGGGGCACAGUUACCCCAUUCAGGACCAGGGAGUCCUCCACACCCAGCCGUCCCCUGUUCCCCAAAAACAGUACAGACUGUGUAUAACCCUCCUUUAAAAGCUCCAUGCAAACUCGGACACAUAAUCAUAUUGUCAAUUAUGGAGCUGGGAAACUGGACAGUAAUUGUCACUAUUGUGAUGCCAUGAUGUAAGAUGGGGAGCCUGUGACCCUCCAGAUGUCGUUGAACUACAGCUCCCAUCAUCCGUGGCCAUUGGCUGUGCUGGCUGAGGCUGAUGGGAGUUGUAGUCUUGUAACAUCUGGAGGGAUGCAGCUUCCCCAGCUCUGUGUUGGAGCCAUGGCUGGAUCUCCAGACAUUUUUGUGGCUGUCCUGUGCUCAGAACUUGACUGGCUCAGUAAAUAACAAUGGGAGGUGGGACCUUUUGUGCUUUCCUCAGCGUCCAAUCUUAAUCCCCUCUAAAUUGCUAUUAGUAUCACGGGGAAAGGGGAUAAUAUAUUUUUUCCUCAUGGAACUAAUAGUCGCUUUGUGGAGGAUUUGGACUGGGAAGGAGCGAGUUCCAUACUUUGACUACGCAUUGUGUGAAGAAGUACGAUCUUUUAUCUGUCCCCAAUCUUCCAACAAUCAGCUUCUUCGAAUGUCCAAGAGUUCUAAUGUUAUGAGGGAGAGAGAGAGAGAGAGAAUCUUUUGUUGUUCAAUGUUUUGAAGCCUUCCUCUCCCCAACUCCAGCCAAUCAUCAUUUGUCAUUCCAGUUACGAAAACUGUCCUCAAACCAGGCCUGUGACACCCAGCCACCAUACACAGAGUUUUAGAGAGGGCUGGUUUUCUUAUUUUGAGUGUCUGGGCUGAUGUGUCUACCUACAUGACAGUGCAUGUUGGGGACUGAUGCGUAGUAGAACAGGAGGGCACCCGUGAGCUGUGGGGCAUGUCAGCAAAAGGGAGGCAAAAAAGAAAAUAAACGUUGACACAGAUGCGAGCCAAAAAUCUUGUUUACCUCCUUUUGUGCGGCUUCCCACGUGCUCUUCUUUUUACAGCCAGUUUUCCUUUCUCUCACUGGGCAAAGAUGUCCAGAUUCAGUUUCUACCCAAUACCACACUUCCACAUCAGAUUGUGAAUUUGGUUUUUCAGUCCUUGCAGAAAGUAUUUCAGUGCAAUUUACGCAUUUUUGCAAUGCAAUUUCCUCCUAGCAUAAUACCCGUUUGCAUGUUAUUUAAAUUCAUAUAUGCACUUACAUGCACAUGUAACACUAGUAUAUGUAUUUUUGUACACAUUACUUGAUUAGAAAGCUGCAUUGCAAAAUCAGGAGAACUCUUUGGAAGGAGGGCUGUGUUUCAGUUUGCAUUUUGUUUCAGAAAGGGUGUGUCAGAUAAAAUACAGUGGAAUCUCGGAACUGAAUGCCUUUGGACACAAACGUUUCGGCUCCCAAACGAUAGAAAACCAGAAGUGAUUGUUCUGGUUUUCAAACAAUUUUCGGAAGCCAAAUGUCUGGCACGGCUUCCCCGGCUUCUGAUUCGCUGCAGGACGUUCCUUCAGCCAAUUGGAAGCCACGCCUUGGUUUUCAAACUGCUCCGGGAGUCAAAUGGACUCCCGGAACAGAUUAAACCAAGGUACAACUGUAACCCUUAAAUGCAACUGAAUCAGAUUUCACUCCAUGUUUAGAUGUCAUUAAAGGAUAGCAUUUUUGUUUUUGUUUUUGUUUUUGUCUUUCCAUUUAUUACUAUUGCAUUAUGGCUGACUGUGGAAAUUUCUGCCUCAAGGGCUAAAACAACUGAUCUGGUACUGGGUCCCAUUACGGACAUUGAUUUGUGUGAGAUGGGGUCACAAGUUGUACCUCUAUCUCUGACAACAAAAUGUCUUGGGCUAGUUUGGGGGUGGAUCUACACACAGGGGAAAAACGCUAUAAAUAAGUUAGCAAUUAGAUCGUUAUAAAAAAGGGGGGAGGACCCUAUGGGAAAUCGUGUAUAAAAAUUUCCUGCCCUCUGGUGCCAUCUGGUGUUACAUGUUUAUAGCGCAUUCAAAUUGUUGUUUCUUUACUAAUGUAGCCUGAGUCCCUGGUGGUGUGGUUUGGUCAUCCACAAGGACACAUGUGUCAUGGAGGGGGAUCAGUGCAGGAUGUUACCUCUGACAAGUUGGACUGGCAGUCCUGGAACAUUGCACCUGUGUGUUUUGGCGGGCAGGGGGCAAAGGUGUUUGAUUUUGAUUUGCAAAGUUCCUGUAAAGGUUUCUUAGCUGGUUGGAGACAGAUGUUGCCAUUAAUUUGGACCUGCCUGUGUACUUUGCUUCAGCACCCCAGUAAUAUCUGAGCAGCCUGUAUCUUCAUAAGUGAGCGAAAAUCACUAUACCCAGGCUAAGUAACUGCCCUCUUCAGACUUGUCUGGGAGUAGCCCCGUUGAACACGGGGAUUACCGUAUUUUUCGCUCUAUAAAACGCACCAGACCAUAAGACGCACCUAGUUUUUGGAGGAGGAAAACAAGAAAAAAAAUAUUCUGAAUCUCAGAAGCCAGAACAACAAGAGGGAUCGCUGAGCAGAGAAAGCAGCGAUUCCUCUUGCUGUUCUGGCUCCUGGGAUAGCUGCGCAGCCUGCAUUUGCUCCAUAAGACGCACACACAUUUCCCCUUACUUUUUAGGAAGGAAAAAGUGAGUCUUAUAGAGCAAAAAAUACGGUACUUUUAGUAAAUGUGCAUAGUCUUGCACUACAUGUAGUGAAUUGAAGUUUAUGACCUGGCUUUUUUAUUGUGAUUGGAACUGUAUGUUUUGCAGAGUUGCUGCAAGGCUUUCUGCGCAGAAGCUGGCUGGGGACGGGGACAAUAUUGCAGGGGCUGGUGUUGCUUUUAAUCUGGACCUCCCUAUGUGCUUGUUUCUGGACCUCAAUAAAAUGUGCCCAACCUGCAUCUUUGUGAGCAAAGAUUACUAUACCCACCCUAAGGCUACAGACGUUUCUGAGAAUAAGCUCCACUGAGGCUAACAGGGUUACGUCUGAGUAAAUGUGCAUGAGAUUUGUUGGAUUUUAUGAACGGGUUGUUUUAUUGUGAUUGGAAUUGUCUGUUUCAGCCUUUGUUUUUAAUGGAAUAGUAUAUUGGUUAUUGGUUAUUAAAUUGCCACUUGUCCAGUUUUAAUUUUAAUUUUAAUUUGUUUGAAUUAAUUGUGGGAUGCAUCUUAAUUUAUUGAUCGCUUGUUUUUAUGCAUUGUCUUAUUUGUAUGAUGUUAGCCGCUCUGAGCCCGGCUUUGGCCGGGGAGGGCGGAUGUAAAUAAAAUUUGUUGUUGUUGUUGUUAAUUUGUCUUGGGAAGGCUAUAGUUUUGAAAGGGGCUUUAAAAACACCUGGGUUCUUCUCCCUUCAUUUUUGAGGAAGGCACUUCUGGAGACCCAAGGAGGGAACCAAAAUCAGGAGGAAACAUUUCACACCAAAAAAAUAAAUAAAACCCCAAAUCUCACUUGAAAACAAAUGGAUUAGGGGCUGUUCCUGGUAAACAGAGCAGAGGGAAGAUGCAUAGUUGUUCCAUCAUGUCAUGGAACCUUGGAGAGUAUUGCUCUGUGAUGCAGCAGGCACAGAAUUCUCAGCCCUUAACAGUCCGUAGUUGCUUCUGUUGGGAGGCCUCCCAACGGCCGAAGGAUGGCCGUUUCACAGGUAUAAAAAAAAAUUAUUGAUUUGUAGUAUAGUUAGGGCCUUCUCAAGCUAAUCUCUUGUAAUAUAUGCUUUCUGGAAAUUGAUUUUUUCCCUGUGCUAAGUAAAAUAUAUUUGACCUUUCUCUCUUCUCAGGCUGGAUUGUGUGCCUGAACUCUGUCCAUAAUGGCCAGUAGAGUUAUGAGUUUCAGCGACACUCACCUGACCUGCUGACAGCUGGGUCGCUCACUGCUACUUACUGGGAGGGAGAAAAGGGGGAGAUGAUAAUGUAGCAGUGAAGGCGGUGAAGGUCCUGUGUGAGGGUCUGGAGGCGGUUGGAGGAUGGAUGGCGGCUAACAGAUUGAGGUUGAAUCCUGACAAGACAGAAGUACUGUUUUGGGAGGACAGGGGGCAGGUGGGUGUGGGGGAUUCCCUGGUCCUGAAUGGGGUAACUGUGCCCCUGAAGGACCAGGUGUGCAGCCUGGGAGUCAUUUUGGACUCACAGCUGUCCAUGGAGGCACAGGUCAAUUCUGUGUCCAGGGCAGCUGUCUACCAGCUCCAUCUGGUACGCAGGCUGAGACCCUACCUGCCUGUGGACUGUCUCGCAAGAGUAGUGCAUGCUCUAGUUAUCUCCCGCUUGGACUACUGCAAUGCGCUCUACAUGGGGCUACCUUUGAAGGUGACCUGGAAACUACAGCUAAUCCAGAAUGCGGCAGCUAGACUGGUGACUGGGAACAGCUGCCGAGACCAUAUAACACUGAUCCUGAAAGACCUACAUUGGCUCCCAAUUCUGAGCACAAUUCAAAGUGUUGGUGCUGACCUUUAAAGCCCUAAAUGGCCUUGGCCCAGUAUACCUGAAGGAGCGUCUCCACCCCCAUCGUUCAGGUGGGACACUGAGGUCCAGCGCCGAGGCCUUCUGGCGCUUCCCUCCUUGUGAGAAGUGAGGUUACAGGGAACCAGGCAGAGGGCCUUCUUGGCAGUGGCGCCCGCCCUGUGAAAUGCCCUCCCAUCAGACGUCAAGGAAAUAAACAACUAUCUGCCUUUUAGAAGACAUCUGAAGGCAGCCCUCUUUAGGGAAGUUUUUAAUGUCUGGUGUUUUAUUGUAUUUUUAAUAUUUUGUUAGAAGCCUCCCAGAGUGACUGGGGAAACCCAGCCAGGUGGGCAGGGUAUAAAUAAUAAAUUGUUGUUGUUGUUGUUGUUGUUACAGCAGAGAGGCCAGUGUGGUGCAAAUACAUCAGCAGGAGUGCCAGAUUGGCUCUGCCGGGGCAUUUGUUCCAUGCAUGGGCAGCAAAUGUCACAAAGUAGUGAGCAAACGUCAUGUUUUCCAGCAGUCUACUUAGGAUGCAAGAGUUCUAGAGAUCUGAGAGCUUGUGCAUUGUUUUGUGAAAUCUUUCCAGGGUACAGGUUGCCACUACCCUUUUGGGUUCACAUCCAGGCCCAAAAUUAAACCACAGUUUCUCAGUUUGGAUGAAAGGAGGUGAAACCCUGGCUAUGACACGUGUCAGAAGUAAGAAGGAAGAGGGAAGAAGGAGUAGCUCAAAGUCAGGGCUGGCCCAAUAUAUUUUGGCACUUGAGGCCAAACUACAAAAUGGCGCCCCCUCCCUGCCAGGGAAGAAGGGGUGAGUGAAGAUUAACAUCAGGAACAAGGGGGGACUAAAGAUCUACAUCAGGAUCUGCCGCCCCUCUGGCUCCUGAUGCCUGAGGUGGAUGGCUCACUUUGCCUCCUGGGUGGGCCAGUCCUCCUCAAAGUGGCAUACAUGGUUCUCCCCUGCCUCAUUUACUGCCCACAACAGCCCUGUGAGGUAGGCUAGGCUGAGAGGCAGUGACUGGUUACCCAGUGAGUUUCAUGGCCAAGUCUCUCAGGUCCUACUCCCAACAAUCCAAUGACUACAUCACACUGGCUCUCCUAUGAAGUCAUAAGACUUGCCAUUUCUCAGGCUCAUUAUAUAUGAAACGCCAAAAGAGCUGUCACAUCCAGCUGUAGAAUAAGUGCGGGUUAUUGAGAUCAUAUAUGUGAGGUGGUUUGAACAUUUUAAAAAUGUGCUUUAUAAAUGUUCGGUGAAGGGAUCAUUUGUUUGUUCAUUCCCUUUCAUUUACAAAUUGCAUCCCAUGAAACAUAUCAAAGCAAAUUAGCUAUGAAAGCAUCAGCAACAGAAACAUAUAUGAAAACCAUUACAUAACACAAACAGAAUUUGAAAUCCAGUGCAGACUGGGAUAGGAGAAUCUCCACUUUAAAAAGGCUUUACAGUGGUACCUCGGGUUAAGUACGCCAGAGCACGAUUUCUGUUCUCAUCCUGAAGCAAAGUUCUUAACCUGAGGUACUAUUUUUGGGUUAGCAGAGUCUGUAACCUGAAGCGUAUGUAACCUGAAGCGUAUGUAACCCGAGGUACCACUGUAUUUACCUUUCAGCUAACAAUUCUGGUGUGUCGAUAUACUGAUAUUCAGGUCAUUUGUAGAGAAGUUAAACAUAGUGGGGGGAGUGGCGCAGCCCUGCCAUGGUCAGUAAAUCUGCCCCACUAUGAGGUGACCUAAGAACAUAAUCCUGGUUUUGCCCACCACCCUACCUAUGCAGAGGAGCAGAAUAAAAGGGGUGCUCUUUCAGUGGGAUACUGACUCAAAACUGUCACAUUAGCAUGCCCCCAGCUGCUGCAUCUGGUUUUAUUAACCCACAAUUUGGCAUAUUAUUGCGGCCAUGUGAAUUUUCCCUUUAGCCAAACCACACAUUUGGAACGGGAAGGAAUUGCAUCAGGUUUCACAGCAGUGAAAGGUCAAUGUGAUGCUCAGUUUGUAGCAAGCAGGAAACUCGGAUUUGCUAACCACCACAUAUCAUUAAUGCCAAUAGCAUCAUGGCAAUGCUUAACCCUCGUGCUCGCCUUAUUGUUGGAGAUGUUGACUCCUGUCUGUUUUCAGGUGCUUUGUUCCAGGGCUGGGAAAACUGUGGUCCUCCAAUCGUUAGACAAUGGCCCCCAUCAUCCCUGACCAAUGACUGUGCCGGCAAGAGGCUGAUGGGAGUUGUAGUCCAAUGCAGCGCCACAGGUCCCCCAGCUCUGCUUUCCUCGUACUGCCUUUUAUGGUUUUUGGAUUGACUUAAAAUGAAAGGUUGGAAUAUAAUGCAUGCCAGAUCUAGCCCUCAAUCCAGAAACUUAAGGAUAAAAAGUGACGCUGUGCCUUCGUUUGUUACCCCUUUCCUAGGAUGUCACAGGGACCCUGUUUUUAGCCGUCUUCUCUGCAGUCCUUGGCUUUUUCCAAUAUGGGUACUGCAUUGGAGUCAUCAAUGCUCCACAACAGGCGAGUAAAUGUGCUUAUUCUUUUGUUUUGAUUUGGUUUGCCAUAUUUGAUCAUUGGUCCUGUGUGUAUCAGAGAGGCAGGACUGACUGCAGUUUCCUGGUGAGUCUACACUUGGUGCCAGCUUUAACAUCACAUGAAUAGCCCCUAGGAUCCCAAAGGAUCGAUCUGUGGGCAGUGUAGGGCCAUCGAAAUUACUAAUAUACCGUAUUUUUCGCUCUAUAAGACGCACCAGACCACAAGACGCACCUAGUUUUUGGAGGAGGAAAACAAGAAAAAAAAUAUUCUGAAUCUCAGAAGCUAGAACAGUGAAAGCAGCAAUCCCUCUUGCUGUUCUGGCUUCUGGGAUAGCUGUGCAGCCUGCAUUCACUCCAUAAGAUGCACACACAUUUCCCCUUACUUUUUAGGAGGGGAAAAGUGAGUCUUAUAGAGCAAAAAAUACAGUACUUUGUCAUUUAUCUAUUAAUUAGAUAAAGUUGGGGGGGGUAUACAAAGAUUAGUAUCAAAUGUCCAAUAUCUUUUUAUCCAAUAUAAAAAGCUAAUCUAAAUAAAAACACAAGCCAAAAGGAAGAAGAAGAUAAGAAGAAGAAAAGAAAGGAACGAAGGAAAAAGGAAGACAAAAAAAAUGAGAGAACUUCUGUCUUUGUCUGUCAGCUAUAUGUAGAAAGUUGUUCAAAAUAUCCACUCCAGACUAACACCCAACAAUUCCACUUUCUGUAAACCAAUAUUUUCUUCAGUUCUCGAACCCAGAUAUUGUAAACUCAUUUUCUUUUUCCUGCAAAAAGUCUAUAAGAAGUUUUGGAUCUUUAGUAAAUAUUGCACUUGUAUCAUCAUUAUAGAUCAUCAUGCUCCACUACGGUAAAGUGCUGAAUAUUGCAUCGUCUGGAAACGGGACAGAUGACAUCCUUAAAAACCCCACCGUCAUGAUGCUCUGGUCCACCUCUGUUUCUGUAUUUGCUGUGGGUGGGAUGAUUUCCUCCUUCACUGUUGGCUGGAUUGGUGAAAAGAUGCCAAGGUGAGAAAUUCUGGUUUCACAAGCGGCCAGGAAAAAGGGGAAACAAAACUUACGCAACAUGGGCUGUGGAGAUGGUUCUCACUGGCAUGUGAGGGAACAUCAUUGAUACACAAAUCAAAACCAAGUACUCAUGCAGGCAGCGGGUUUUUUCAGCCGGAACUUGCUGGAACUCAGUUCUGGCACCUCUCAGGUGGGCCCCUUUGCCGUUCUAAGAGAACAAGGGAGGUGUUCGUGGUGAGUUCUGGCACCUCUUUUUCUAGAAAAAUAGCAGUGUGUGCAGGCCUAUGGUAAUAAAACCCACAGGAUCAAGAAAAUGCUUAAGAGCAGAAUAACACAGAAUUGUGUUCCACAGACUUACCUAGGGUGAAACAACACACUAUGAGCAACAUGGGAAGGGAGAAUGGAAUCCUGGUUUCAGGUUUUCAUUCUCUCCCUCCAUAAUUUGAAGUGUUCCUUGUAGUGAUGUCUUACAUAUAUUUUAUUUAUUUACAGAAUAAUUAGCUAUUUAUCCAUUCACUUAUUAGAAGUUUAUGUGCUGUAUUCACUUCUGGGAGAAAUCUCAAAUGGUAAAAAUAAAAUAAUUCAAAUUUAAAUUUAGAAACCAGAGCCAAACAGACAAGACGGCCAAAUCAACACCGAAACCAGCAAAAGAUGGUCAGAAAGAAACAGGCAAAUAGAUGUGUCUGUAACGUCCAGUGGUAUGCACUUAAUUUCACACAAAGGAGCACAGGAGCCUUAUUGCAGAGUCAGACUAAUUGCUCCAUCUAACUCAGUACUGUCUGCUCUGGCUGGCAGCUGCUCUCCAGGUUCCCUACCUGGAGAUGCUGGGGAUUGAGCCAAGGACACUUCUGAACACAAAGCAGAUGCUGAGAGGUUAUUCCACAGGGUAGGUGCAGCUAUUGAGAGGACACACUCCUCUGCAGUGAGGCCACAUGUACAGCCUGGCCUCCCCUGCAGAUUGCAGUGACCUGGGACAACUUUUGGGGACUUAGCCCGCCAUCAUAAAAAUAAGGCAAUAUAUGCAUUGUGUCUUUCCUUCUACCUCCACCAGUGACAACCACCUGGCCAGAAAUUUAGAUCAGUGGCACGGCACAGCACAUUUUAACACCAUAGCAUGGGGCUAUGCCCCAAGGGACGCGGGUGGCGCUGUGGGUUAAACCACAGAGCUUAGGACUUGCCGAUCAGAAGGUCGGCGGUUUGAAUCCCCACCACGGGGUGAGCUACCAUUGCUCAGUCCCUGCUUCUGCCAACCUAGCAGUUCAAAAGCAUGUCAAAGUGCAAGCAGAUAAAUAGGUACUGCUCCAGUGGGAAGGUAAACGGCGUUUCCGUGCACUGCUCUGGUUCGCCAGAAGCGGCUUAGUCAUGCUGGCCACAUGACCCGGAAGCUGUACGCCAGCUCCCUCGGCCAAUAAAGCGAGAUGAGCGCCGCAACCCCAGAGUCGGUCAUGACUGGACCUAACGGUCAGGGGUCCCUUUAGCUUUAUGGGGUUAAUGUCAGUACACUUUACAGAAGGAACAGGGGAGUUCUCAACAUUAGAACAGCAUGUUUCAAUAGCAUCCUACGUUCAGGGGUUAAAAUGUCCCGUGUCCAUAUUGUCUCACAGUCAGGACCUUUAGCUGACCUCUAGCUUUCGAUCUGCUGUGGAAAGACCUUGCAUUGUGUGGAUACUCUCGACUCACCAGUGGGCAAAUGUGGCUGAACUUGGCUCUUUCUUUUGCGCAAACGCUGACUCCUUGCUUCCCUUCCUCACUGCAGAGUUAGAGCGAUGCUGCUGGUAAACAUUUUUGCAAUCUCUGGGAAUCUCUUUUUGGCCAUUGCGAAAUUUGGCCCCUCCCACAUUUUCAUCAUCAUUGGAAGAGUACUGACUGGGCUGCAUGGUGGUAAGUCAAGGCGGGCUCCAAACAGGGGAUUGCUUCCCUCUGAGUUUCCCUGAUGGUUUGCUGGCUGCUUGGAGUUGGGAUCAGCAUGCAAAGUGGCAGGAAAUGGAGAAUCAGAGGGAAGGGUGAAGGGAAAGAAGCCCUGAUCUUUUGGGAAUAUGGUCUCCAUCUGCUGUUGGCUCCACCAGUUCAUGUUAUCCAAGCACUAAUUCAAUUCCUUAAGACAGUGGUUUUUAACCAGUGUGCUGUGGGACCCUGGGGUGUCUUGAAUGAUGGUCAGGGUUGCCACAGGCAACACCCCGUCUUUCCUUCCCUCCCUCUUCUGAUGCCCUCUUGUGUCACUGCCUCCUGAAGGCAUGCACAGCUCACCAAGUGAAUGGUGCCUCUGGGGCUGGCCAGGGGGUGCUUCCUAGGCCAUUGUGGGGCUGUGUGAGGACGGACCUCUCUUUUGGGGCAGAGGGGGCAGCAGCUGCGGCUGCCCAGAGGACUCCCAAGGAGAGGGGAGAAGAGAGGAGGCUGAGGGCACACUCCACAAGGGGGAGAGGCUGCCAGCUCUGCAGGCAAGGGGUGACAUUACUGGGCUCCUGGGCCCCACAAGGGUGCCACAGAAUGAAAGUAGUUGGUCAAGGGAGCCAUGGACCCAAAAAGGUUGAAAACCUCUGCCUUAAGACCGUCUUAAGACAGCAGGGAAACUUAUUCCUCUGGUUAGUAAGUUGGAAUAUUUGUUCCAAACAUUCUAAAACGAUAUUUGGAAUUUGUUUUUAUAAACACUUUAUUAGGUUAACUACAAUAGCAAUCUUGUGAUGUUCUUGGGUGUUUUCCUUCCUUCCUUCCUUCCUUCCUUCCUUCCUUCCUUCCUUCCUUCCUUUCUCUCUCUCUCUCUCUCUCUCUCUCUCUCUCUCUCUCUCCCCCCUACAAUUUUUCAAGUCUUAUUUUAUUCUGUGCACUUACAAAUGAUAUGUGUGUGUGUCACUUUUUAUCUUUCAGUAAAAGAAUAUAUAUUUUAAAAAGUUGGCAUGAUUUAGCCUUCCUUAACCUGGUGCCUUCUAGAUAUUUUGGGCAGCAGCUCCCGUCAUCCCUUGACCAUGAGCCUUGCUGGCUGGGCCUGAUGGAAGUUGUAGUCUGGAAGAUCUGGAGCGCACCAGCAGCAGGAUGGAUUCGAUGGUUGAUUCAUCUGCAUGUUUUGCCCAGGCCUCUCCUCUGGACUUGUUCCACUGUAUGUUGGAGAGAUUGCCCCUGUCGCUCUCCGAGGGGCUCUGGGAUCAAUGAACCAGCUUGCUGUCGUUAUCGGCAUCCUCAUCAGCCAGGUGUGUACCAAACGAACAGAGGACAAAUUGAUCAUGGAACACAUUUAUGUUUGUGCAAGUCAAGUGCUAAAUGGGACAGCCAUAAGCCCCUUAAUGAGAUGGUGAUGAUGGUGAUUAACAUUUAUAUACUGCCCUAUAUCCAUAGAUCUCAGGGCGGUUCACAAAACAUUGUUGAAUUUGUAGAUUUCAUUCAUAGUGUGGGAUCUCCGAGGACCCAACAAUAGUUCUCAGGGUGGUUCCCAACAUAAAAACAUAAUAUUAAAAAAACACAAAAUACAUAAUAAGAACAAAAGCAAACUUUUCUCCAUCUUUUAGUUCUUGGUUUUAUCUGAUGUUUCAGAUCUGAUCUGGCUCUUACCAUUACAUGCAAGAGAAUUCCUGGCUAGCACAAUUUUAAAGCAAACCUGAAAGCACAAACAGCUGCCUAUGUCACCAGGUCUUAGGGCUGGGGGUUAUAUUGGCUUUUCCAGACUCAGGGACGAAACCCUUCCCUGUUUGCAACGCUACUGAGAUCACAGAAAUUGCUGCUGGCUAGAUCUAUGACAAAAUGGUUCAUACAUUAUCUUUCUCCACGUGAUUGCACGGCAGGACAGCACGGGAGCCCUUUGUACGGUGUGCAGAACUGACGCUUAAUUUACAAAGCUCCGCCAAGGGCAAAUCUGUAUUGCUGAACCAUUCCCAUGAUGCAGCAGGGUUUUCUAAGAGAGCCAUUUUGCUCACAGGACAAAAUAGGUGCCUAAGAUUUAAUACCAAGAAGGUUGUUGAUUUGAUUUUGUCCAUGAGGGGGUGCUCUAGGGCUUGCUGGUCCAAAGUUCUGAACAUAGAGAUAUUUCAUUUGUGGGUCUCUGUCAUUUGGGACACGCAGUGUUUUCCAUUGUCAUAACGACAUCUCUGAAAAAUAAAGUCUAUCCCUUUAGAAAGGAAUGCGCUGGGGCAAAUGGCUACAAAGCUUCCAGGAAUUUUUUUUAGAAAUCAAAAGGACAUAUCUGCCCGACUGCCCCACCCUCUCUCUAGGGCAUUCAAAUCAGCACUGGGAACUGUGGGAGGGACUGGUGAGGUGCCUAGCAGUGAUGUCACCAAGAUUUCCAUUUGAAGAAUAUCUCAAAACAAUUCUAAGUACAUUCAUCAUAAGUAAGUAUUGGACACAAAUAACUCUUUUCUUUAUUUCAAAAACACAGCAACGAAAAACACUGGUCCAUUUUUUCCCCCUUAGGUUCUUGGCCUGGAUGUCUUACUAGGAAAAGAUUCCACAUGGCCAUUGCUCCUCGCUCUUUCUGGCAUUGCUGCCGUGCUUCAGAUCUUCUUGCUCUUUGGUUGCCCAGAGAGCCCCCGGUACUUGUACAUUAAAGCUUCAAAACAAGAAGAAGCCAAAAAAAGUAAGGUUAUCUCCAGGGGAUACUUUUUUUUCUCUGCCAGUCUACAUCAGUCCCCUGGUCCUCACGUCUCACUGGCACAUUGUGAUCCAUUUCAGGGAUGGGGUGGCAAUGGCAAUUUAUUUCCCCUCUAAGAUGGGGCCUGGCUUUGGUGAGAAAGGGAGGGAGAGCAAGCUGCUGUCUACUGAGUUUCCUCUAGCCCUACGUGGCAAUGUUGGGCAUCAGGGUUGCCAAUUUGAAUAAAAUAGGGGGGACAGAUAAGCCUCGCCCCACAUAAUCAGUGACAAGAUGUGGGGCGCACACACCAUUUGAAUGGCAAUGCCCAUCAACUCGGAGGGGUGGCCCCCUCAAAUAUUUUAUUGGAGGGCAAAGGGACCUCAACCCCUAGGAGGCUCCUAUGUUGGGUAUCAAAUCUGAGACCUUCAACAUGCAAAGCAGAAGUUCCACAGCUGAAUUAUGGUCCUUAACUUUCUGAGGCUUCACUCUCCUCACAAUGUCGGGGGCUGGAUUAGGGAGCUGGGAGGAAACAGACAGCACUCUGGGAAUUAAUUGGGAUGUGCAAAACAUGGCUGGUGGGGUUGGGUAAGAGCAGCGGAAGAGUAACAGGAGGCAAUAACACGUGAAAUGCUAUAGACUUCUUACAAGUUAUGAACACAAAAUAUUAUCUUCUGCAGGGUCCGACCAUUUAUUGACACCAGAGGUUUCCAGCAUGGCCUUCAGAUGACUCCCAACUUCCAUCAGCUCUAACCACUGGUUAUGCUGGCUGGGGCUGAUGGGAGUUGGAUGCCUUGUUGGCUACUCCUGGUCAACACUGAUGGGCAGAACUUCUAUAGGGUGUUGGGCUGAGGUUCUUCAGCCAAUCCUUUAAUGGAGAUGCUACUAGGAGUAGCACCUUCUGUAUUUAAGCAAGUACUGUUAUCACUGCACUACAGCCGUGUCAUUGAAUUCUACUCAAUAUUGAGCCAGAGCAGAACUCCAAUGUAUAGUUAGCAGAGUAAAAACUUAAACACGUUGCAGGAUUCCCAAAAAAUAGACCAGAGGCAAUUAAUAUUUCAUCCAGCAGAGCUUUACUGCUACUGAAGGCAAAUGAGCAUAAUGGUCAUAAAUCCAAUACAUUCAGGAUUGGCACUGUCCAUAAGAAAUCCAGUUGCAGCAGACUUAACUUAAACUUACAAUAACUUAUAAUAAGUCUAAACCUUAACACUAUAUACAGAACACCACACCAGAAGGAAAAGAGAUAGAAGGAGAAAGGGAAACCCGGGCUCCUUCUGGCCUUCCUUUUAUAGUCAGCAUGACUUUAACUGAAGAGAUAACAGAACCAGUUUAAGCCAGCUGUACUCAGCUUCUCUGAAGGUAUAACCCAAACAUCAUGAACCUUCUGCUUGCUUCUUUCACACAGAGAAGCUGCCAGAACUCUCUUGAAUUAAUUAGAGUAGGAAAGAUCUCUACACAUCAGAUCAGUACUUUCUGCACUAAGAAAUGCAAACUGACAAACCCUUCCCUGCUUUCUGUAAUUACGAAGGUGCAAAACGUCAUUUAUUCCAGACUUGUCAAUAUCCCCAUGGUGACAUUUCUAUGUUUCUAUGGAUUAAAUGGGGAAGAGACAGCUGAGGCAUUGAAGGCCUUCUCUUGAAGACAGGGUUGCAGUAGAAGCUGGUUCAUUAGGGGCACUGCAGCCCUCAGUCUGCACUCAGCCAGCCUUCUAUCUUACAUCCAGAGGGUGGCAUGGGCUGCCAGCUUCCUCCCCCUUAGUGUCUCAGUGCUGCCACUGCAGAAUUCAGAAGGGAGGAGCAUGGGGAGAGAACCAGAAUUGGCUGGCUCCAGUGUGGUGUAGUGGUUAAGAGUGGUAGACUCGUAAUCUGGUGAACCAGGUUUGAUUCCCCGCUCCUCCACAUGCAGCUGCUGGGUGAUCUUGGGCUAGUCACACUUCUUUGAAGUCUCUCAGCCUCACUCACCUCACAGAGUGUUUGUUGUGGGGGAGGAAGGGAAAGGAGAAUGUCAGCCGCUUUGAGACUCCUUAGGGUAGUGAUAAAGCAGGAUAUCAAAUCCAAACUCUUCUUCUUCUUCUUCAGUCAUUGGUUCUGGCUCCAUCUACACAUAAGACUCUUUGCUUUCAACCCUACCACUCCCAACGGGUAUCAGCCCCAACUGCCGCAAACAACUGCAAAAUCUGCAUAGUCCUCACCUUUAGAACCUAUUGAAUAUUUGUUACAAAUAGGCUCACGGAACGUCACAUGUUUUCUCAGAUAAUUUCCCAGAAGGGUGGCCGUGUUGGUCUGUUGUAGACAACACUUCUGUCCUGCAGCACCAUACUGGUAAUUUUACUUCCACGGGCCAUUUCUCGUCAGAGAUGGAACCCACAAUCCCUUUCCUUCCCUAGGCUUGCAACGGCUGAGAGGAGAAAACUACUGCCCUGACAAAGAGCUUGAGGAGAUGGAGAAAGAGAAGGAAGAAGCCUCCAAAGAGAAGCCUGUCUCCAUUUGGCAGCUCAUCACCUCCCCUCUCUACAGGCAGCCAUUCCUGGUGGCCAUCGGGGUCCAUAUCGCCCAGCAGUUUUCGGGAAUUAAUGCUGUGAGUUCACCUAGUGAUGGAUCCUGGCAACUAAAGAUAUUUAAGCAGCUAAUCAAACAGCACUGUAGCUUUGAUGCAAGUUUGCGAGAGAUCUUGCUCUUGGUCUCAAUAGAUUGUCAAUAUGCAUUAUUGUAGAUACAGCAGAAAACUAAUCUGUGCCGCUGACACCCUGGAACGCUAGGGAAAUGCUUUCGUGUUGAUUUGUCUAGCGCAGUGAGAGGAGAGCCAUUGAUGCCUCUAAACCGUUUACUCCUUUCUGCUUUGUUAGAUUUUCUACUACUCCACCGAUAUUUUUAACACUGCCCGCGUCAGCCAGCCUGUUUAUGCGACCAUAGGCGUGGGAUUUGUGAACACCGUCUUCACUGUUGUCGCCGUAAGUCUUGCCCAGCUGUAAUUACUGAAUUACCUGUGUGGUUCUUUUUCAAAUAGUUACAUGAGGGGUAAUACCGUAUUCUGUCACUAGGUGGGGUUAUAGUGCACAACUGGCACCAUUUUGUCAGUGCAACAGUGGUGUGCUGCUUUUUGCCUAACAAAAAUGAACCUCUUAUUGGCUUUUAAAAAUAAAUAAAUGUAGUGCAUAGUGUUGGGAGGGUGAGGGUCUCAGCUCAGACCUAGAACGUUGGCAAAUAUCUAGGAAGGCCUAGAUUUGAGAGCAUGCAAGGAAUGUUUGGGAGGAAGCACUUCCUCAGUAUAUGAAGAUGGGACAUUGUCCAGCUGGCCUUAGCUGCCUUAGUCAGACCAUCCUUCCCUCUGGCUCCAUAUUACACUGACUGGCAGGAGUUCUCCAUACCUUCCGGCAGCAGUUUUUUCCAGGCUUACCUGGCGAUGCCAGAAAUCAAACCUAGAAUGUUCUGCAUGCAAAGUGUUUGAAGCUAGUUAGGCAGGACAAUGACUGCAAUCCUGAGCACUUACACAACCUUUGCUGAAAUCAGUAGGCAUUGCGUCUGCGUUAACCUGGUUAGGAUGGGGCAAUAAUAAUAAUAAUAAUAAUAAUAAUAAUAAUAACAAUAAUAAUAAUAAUAAUAAUAAAUUUUAUUUAUAUCCCGCCCUCCCCAGCCGAAGCUGGGCUCAGGGCGGCUAACAACAAUAAAAUAAUACAACAUUCUAAAAUCAUUUCAUUAAAAUUAAUUCAACUCAAAUUGAUGGUAACCAUUAGGCUAAAGUUCUGUGAAGAUUGCCAAAGGAGGGAGUCAGGCUGUGCCCUGACCAAAGGCCUGGCGGAACAGCUCCGUCUUGCAGGCCCUGUGGAAAGAUGUCAAGUCCUGCAGGGCCCUAGUCUCUUGUGACAGAGUGUUCCACCAGAUUGGAGCCACAGCCGAAAAAGCCCUGGCUGUAGUUGAGGCCAGUCUAACCUCUCUGUGGCCUGGGACCUUCAGGAUGUUUUUGUCUGAAGACCGUAAGUUCCUCUGCGGGACAUACCAGAAGAGGCGGUCCCGUAGGUAUGAGCAGAAGCAAGGAAAAAACCCAACUUCUUAACCAAACUGAUGGAAAGGUCCUCAGGUAGUAUAAAAACAAAACUAUUCUGUUCAGUUAGUUGGGCAGCGGUCGAUCAACCUAUGGUGCCGAUGGCAAAAUUUUUUAAAUCCUGUCUUUCAUCUGACGUCUGGGAUAGAUGUCCUGCACGGCUUCCCUCUCUGCUUGUGUUUGCUCUUUUCUUCUUUUGACCGUGAGACUUUAAAUAUUACCUGACAUUUAUCAAAAAGUCAACAGCAGGUGAUCCAGAUCAACAGGCCUGCUAGACAUAAUAACCACUUGCUUGGACCUUGUCUACCAAAGUAGCAGAAAGAGCAAUCUGAACAAAGUGUACUGGGGCACCAGGCCAGUUGGAGGGCUAGAAAAGGGAUAUGCGUACAGAUAUACCAUCCCAUGUUGUCAGAAAGGGAUGCAGCUCAGUGGCAGAGCAACUGCAGAAGGUCCUAAGUUCAAUCCCCAGCUUCUUCAGGUAGGGCUGGGAAUGAUCCCUGCCUGAAACCGUAGACUAGAGAUGCAGGAGGAAUUCAUUUCAGGUUGCAUUUGGGCGAACCUACGUAAUUCACACUUUCUGAAACAAUACACAGCCAUCCUUUGAAAUCAGCAUUUCUCUUAGGGUGGAUCUACACACAGGGGGAAAAACCAACACUAUAAAUAAGUGAGAGAUUAAAUCAUUAUAACAACAACAACAAAAACAAAAACACUAUGGAAAAUUGCUUAGAAUUUUUUUGCUCUUUGGCACCAUCUGGUGUUGCAUGUUUAUAAUGCAUUCAAAACGCUGUUUCUUGACUAAUGUAGCUGAGUUCUUAGUUUAGUAGUGCUGUUCUCCAGACAAGUAAUACGUACAAAAAUGCACAGACCAGGGCAAAAUGUUUGUAGAAAUGCAUAUACAGUGGUGCCUCACAAGACGAAAAGAAUCCGUUCCGCGAGUCUCUUCGUCUUGCGGGUUUUUUCGUCUUGCGAAGCAAGCCCAUUAGCGGUUUAGCGGAUUAGCACUACAGUAUUAGCGGCUUAGCGGGCUUAGCGGAUCAGCUGAUAAGCGGCUUAGCGAUCAGCUGUUAAGCGGCUUAUCGAUCGGCUGAUAAGCGGCUGAACGAUCAGCGGAUACGCGGCGUAGCGAUCAGCUGUUAAGCGGCUUAGCCGAUCAGCUGAUAAGCGGUUUAGCAGCUUGGGGAAAAGGGGGGGGGGAAGGAAAAAAACCCUGCAGGAACUCGCAAGACAUUUUCGUCUUGCGAAGCAAGCACAUAGGAAAUUCGUUUUGCGAAGCACCUCCAAAACGGAAAACCCUUUCGUCUAGCGGGUUUUCCGUCUUGCGAGGCAUUCGUCCUGCGGGGCACCACUGUAUUAGUUAAAAUGUUAACAUGCAUAAUAUUUGCAUACAAAAAUGUGUAUAUUGGGAUAAAUUUGAGGAAUCAAAAUCAACAGUCGGCCACCUUUACCCUGGGCAGCUAUUGGCAGUCACUGUAGAAAAUAAGGUGCUAGAUCAGGUUUAGGGGAACUUUGACCCUCCAGAUGUUCUUGAAGUACGACUCCCAUAAUCUCUGGCCAUAAGCCGUGCUAGUUGGUUCCCCACACCCAAGCUAUAUGGACCAAUGGUCACACUUUGGUAUACAUCAGCUCCCCAUAUUCCUAUGCGUGCUCCCCAAUCCUGCGACUGGUCAGAUCUUUAGGAUGAGAGCAAUCACGGGAGACUUAAGGGUGCCUCUAGACAGGGGUUAAAUAUACCAAGUGGGUCAUUCAGAUGAAACACUGCUCAAACCCAUUUAAGAUGCACCAGCACCACCGAUGUGAUUGGAUAAGGGAAAGGGUUCUUCCCACCAGUGAUUGGUUGUCCACCUGCAAAUUCAGGUUUUGUUUGGGGACAGUGUGGACACAGGCCUGCAAGGAGUUGAGUCUGGUUGCCAAUUUAAAGUCAAAACGAUGAUGGGCUAACCGAACUUUUGCCGUUCUACACUCAACAGGUUUUCCUGGUGGAGAAAGCAGGGAGGCGUUCGCUCUUCAUAGCUGGCCUCGCUGGCAUGAUGGUGUGCGCAACAACCAUGACUAUUGGGCUUGUCCUGCAGGUAAGGCUCCCCUUUGCGAGGUGACACUGCCAGCUGAGUUUGAACAUCCAAUAGCACAGGUGUGGGAAGCCUUUGGGCCUACGGAUGUUGCUCAACUACAACUGCCAUAAUCCCUGGCCAUUGGCCACACAUUGGCCUCACGCCUGCAAUAAACCACACCUGUGGUCCUCUUUCAAUUGUUGUUUGAGAGGGUAAUACCGUUUUCUGCCAGUUGGUGGAGCCAUCUUUGCAUUUGCACUUCUUGGUGUUUGAGGGCUUUAGACAUUGUCUAGGUGGGGAAAAAGCAAACAGUAAAAAUAUUAGCCAAAGGUAGGUGUCGGGACUGAGGCCCACAGUGGGGCUUCACCAUGCUCCUGAGGACUAUGCCUACUGUAUUUUGGCUGGCUGUCCCUCCAUCAAUGUCAGGGGACGCCUUACUAGAUAAAUUAACCAAUAAACUGAAACUGACAUGGGGACAAAUAGAAGAAGAUGCCUUCACCCUGGUAUGGCUCCCCUUUAUCACAUACACAGCACAACAAGACAAUGACAACAAUCCACCAACAGCAUACAAAUCAAUAAGGCUAACCUGUUCCAAAACACUCACCCACUCCACUCACACAUGAAAACAAAGACCACCACAGCCCACCACAAAUGAACAGCCACAACCCCAACCUCUCUCACCACCAAAGGAACACAAGUGAAUAGCAGAGAACCUGCACAAGCAAAGCUGACACAAAACCCCACAUAUAUUAAGCAAAAUAGAAACAUCGCCACCCGACCCCACACCCACCCAUCUUUCCCCCCUCCACCCCUUUCCCCCUUUUCUUUCUAAUGUCUCAACAAAUGAAACCGAUUUGUAAAAAAAUGUUACAUGGGGGGGAAUACAAGAGAGAGACAUUGCACAUACUUUUGUAAAUCAAGAAAAACUUUAAUAAAAACACAUUUUUAAAAAAUGUCAGGGGACUUGUCUACUGACAGCGACUGAAGACAGAUGCAUUAAGACAGACAUUCAGGGAAUGUUUCCUCUAAUGCUAUUAACGUGGUUCUGCUUUGCUUUGCUUUGCUUUUUAGCCCAAAAUCGAAUGGAUGAGCUACAUCAGCCUGAUUUCCGUCUUCCUCUUUGUCAGUUUCUUUGAGAUCGGGCCAGGACCAAUUCCCUGGUUUAUUGUGGCCGAGCUAUUCAGCCAAGGCCCCCGCCCAGCUGCCGUCGCAAUGGCCGGCUUCAGCAACUGGUUCACCAACUUCUGCAUCGGAAUGUUCUUCCCAUAUGUCGCUGUAAGGAAACUGCGUUGUGAUGGAGACAGCCAAACAAGAUUUUUCUUCCUUUUCUUUUUUUAAAAGGGGGGGGGUCCAUACAUUUAGAAUUCAAAGUAGGGAACAGAACAGGCUACCAAUCUAGAGUGACAAAUGGGAGGGGUUGGGAAUAAAUUUCCAGGCUUUGCAGUGAUAUCCCAUGGAUCCCUUUUGCACUGAUGCUGCAAGGGCGCGCAGAGAAUGGCCAAUAUGUUGACAAAAAUGUCAUAGGCUAAUAAAGAGGGGCGCCAUGACCAAUGCUAGCGGAUGACAAGGCUCAGACCAGUACCUGGCCUGGGGACCCAUCACUGUUCCACUGUCUUCCCUGUGUCUUCAGGAAGGCCUGGACAGAUCAGACAAAGUGUGAACUAAUUCUGGCCCAGCUGGACACUGUGUGGUGGGCAACUGGCAGCCCAUGAGCCAGAUAUAGCCCAUGGGGGCCUCCUAAUCAUCCCCAGUGCCCUCUCCUUGCUUUGGCCCCUGUGUAGGGUUUAAGCUUGAAAAAGACCACCAUAAGAGGCUCCCUCCCCCAGUCUAAAUGUCUUUGGGUUCCCAGGACCCCACAGAAGCCCCAAGCCAGCCCUGUAGAGAGUUGCACUGCUUGCUUGCUUGCUUGCCAUGCACUCGCUUGAUCAGCAUGCAGGCAUUGUUCUUCAUCAUUCUCAGAGGGAGGCACCGGCUAAAGUUGAUUUUGCCCAUCCUAAGUGGGUGAACUCAAGAGAUCACUUAACUUGGGUUUGUCUCCCAAGCUCCCUUCAUGGUUCAAGCCUGACAAAACUGGAGGGUUUCCAUCCCUGUUGUUCAAUUCUUGCUUGCAAAGGAAGUACAGGGUCCUAGGAUGAUAAGUGUUUCCAGUACAGAGGACGAGGGUAUAUAUAACCUUCCGUCUAUGGUGCAAGAAGUUAUGAAAAGCCUACCUCACAAGGUUGUAGUGAGCAUAAAAGGAGGAAAUGAAUAACGCGUGCCGACCUGGGAGGAAAGACAGAAUAUAAAUAUGAUCAGCUGUGGAAGCAAAUAACCGUAGCUGAUCUGAGUGGGGUUUGCAACCAACUCCAGAGAGCUUCUGAUUCCAGCAGAGUUUGCACUUAGCAGUGCUGAUCACAGCCAAAUGCAAAGUCCACUUUGGGCAGGGAUUUUGCACCAGUUGGGAGUUCCCACAUGAAACCAAUCUGGUGGGGCUUGCAUUCGGCGCCUGAUUUGAAAGGGGCCAAAACCAAGAAGCCCUCGCAAAAGAACAACUGGGAGUGCUUUUAAUGCAUUCAGUUGUUCGUUUACAGAUGAAUCCUUACCUACCCUGCAUCUGAUGUCAUGUAUGAUGUCCAUUUUGGGACAAGUCUUAGAGAAAUACAUAUUCUGCAGUUGAAGAAAGGCAGGUUGUCUUGGCUGAUCAACGUUGCUGGCAACAUGGGGGAGAGAAUGCUAACUGGUCUUCUCUUUCUCUCUUGCCCAUCACAGAACAUCUGCGGACCAUAUGUGUUUCUGAUCUUUGCCGGCCUGCUCGUCCUCUUCAUUGUGUUUAUUUAUUACAAAGUGCCAGAAACCAAAGGCAAGUCCUUUGAGGAAAUUGCAGAAGAGUUCCGUCGCCGAGGCAAAGGCGGGGGCCAAGGGCCCAGAACAGCUACUGAAAUGGAGCGUUUGGGAGGCACCUCCGAGGCAUAGUGCCUAUCCCUGCAAGAAGGAAGAACGGAAAGAACAUGCUGCCGGGAUACAUUCUGGAGGAAGCAUUUAUUUAAAACGUAAAAAAAAAAAUGGGAAGUGAUCUUGA